CUAAUGCACUUCCCACAUUACUUUCCGCAAUUGCAUCGUGUUCUAUUGACUGCGUAUUGAGGUCUACCACUCCUGGAAAGCUUGCGACACCAUGGAUCAUGUCAACGCAUCCCUCGAGCUCAUUCAUCUCAUUUGCGCAACUCUGAUCUUCAUUCGCGAUGUUACGAAAGACGCAAGCAGCGUACCACACACAACAAACUUCUUGAAUGAAACACUCGUCUUCUUGGAUGUCUUUUCGAACGUUUGUUUUAGUGAGCUGACCGGAAUCUUGCGCGACAGUCGAGUGCAUCGUACCUUGACGAGUGAUGUAGAGUAUUCUCUAUACUCGCUAAAUAAGUCGCUAGCUGCGCAUCGAGAGGCAUGGAGGUACAUAGGCAAAAGCCCUAUACCUGGAGCAGGUCAGAGAAGCAUCGAAGAUCUGAAGCGCGGUCGCGCCGCAUCGUUGGACGCUCAAUAUGAGCAGAGAGGCUGGAGAGAGGAGAUGAAAGAGCGUUCGCAACUAUGGCGCGAAAAGGCGCGACCUGGGCUGUACAAGGCGUUGUUCGGAGAAGAGGAGAUGGCCACGCUCACCUUAAACUGCUUGCAAUGGACUCAUCGGCUUCGACAAACUUUGGAAAUCGUCUUCCUUGGUAUCGGUCCGCCAGAUCCAGGGUUCGGUCGCACGAGACAAGCUGCCAUCCUUGGCGUAGCAGAACAACUCGAACGCCAGCACCGAGCGGGUGCAGAGCCUUCGAAUGAUUACAAUGCGCUUGUUGGCGCACUGAGGGACCCGAUAAGCACCGAACAACCAUCACACAGCCUCAUCAAGACGAUAUAUGACGAUGGAGGUGAGGAGGUGGACGUGCUGGUUGAGCCUAGAUCCGAUAGCGAGACGCCCGCUGAAUACAUGUGUCAUCUGACGUGGCUGUUACAGGCUCCUCAUCAAACUGAUGUAUCGGUCAAGAGCGAUGCCCAAGACGGCUAUCAGCUGCACACCCUCAGCUGCAUGGGUUUCAUCGAUGAUCCACUGAAUACGAGGAGUUUGAUUAUCUACCGAGCACCACAAAGUCAUCCUUGGGCAUCGAAUCCACCGACUUUGCAUGACAUGAUCUCGAAGGGUCCAACCGCAAGACCCUCGAUAGGAAGCCGUUUUCUAAUAGCGAGAGCGCUUACGAGUACACUACUUGAGUCGCACGCUUCUGGUUGGGUACACGGAAAUGUACAGUCGCGUAGUAUAGCUAUGAUGCCACGGUCCUUGAACGACCUCGAGUUGUCCCCCUUCUUCGUUGGUUGGGGCGUGCUCCAGCCUCUCGACGCUACGCACUUCGCAUUGGAGCCGAAUCUAUACCGACAUCACGACCGCUUCGGCCGACCAUCGUCUGAAUAUUCCAAUGAACAUGAGAUCUACUCUCUUGGCGUGGUACUUCUCGAGCUUGGGCUAUGGCGAACGAUGGCGAAAGUCUUCGCGCGCCGUAUAGAAAAGUUUCCCAUCUUUGAUAUAGCGCAGCAGCAAGAUCUCUUUAAUCGUGUGCACAAUGCAACACUAGAUUGGGCGAACAGUAUCGACAUCGAGAGAGAGAUGGGAAAAGCCUACGCGCAGGUCGUACUCAAAUGCCUCACUUGGCAUUAUGAUGACCCGACUGAAGGCAUGGUUGAGUUUCGGAAACAGGUUGUCGAUGUGUUGACUACUGGAUGUGGACUGUAGCGAUGCAUUACGCACAUUCACGAAUACUCAGUCUAUAUGUUGCCCAUAUCAUUCUCUGCGGGAGAAGAUGCCUAGACACAGCAGAGGCGCGAGUGGACGCGCCAAUGAGACAAU